AUGUCUUACGAUCGAGUUCUCCCCAAUCCUGUUGCUCUACGCUAUGAAACUACUCAAGUCACUCCUAGAUCGAGCAACCUCCUCGAUCACAAAAUUAUGAACGAUUUACCUCAAUCUGUCACUAUGCAUACUAAUCCCUCUUCAAGAUAUGAUGCUCGAUCAACCGGAGUAUCAAAAAUUCAUCAACAUAUGUCAAUGAAGCUUCCAGACUCCAAAAUGGGCAAGCCCGUGGGACCCAUACUUACAACCAAGGAAUUACCGCUGCGGGAACGAUCAGAUCGAUCAUCCUCAUCCUCUGCCAGCAGCGGCAAUAGUCCUGUCAAGUCAAAAGAGGGUGCCAUGCAAUUCUGUCUAUGUCAGCCGGAUCCGAAAAUCCCCCGGCCUCGUAAUGCUUUUAUCCUGUAUCGUCAACAUUAUCAGGCAAUGGUUGUGGCUCACAACCCCGGCCUGGCCAACCCUGAAAUCUCCAAGAUCAUUGGAGAACAGUGGAGGUCUCUUUCAGAGGAUGACAAAAGUAAAUGGAAGGCACUUGCAGAGGAAGAAAAGGCUCGUCAUCAGCAGCAAUAUCCAGACUACAGAUACCAGCCUCGGCGGUAUGGUCGGGAUGGCAGUGCACGGUCAGGCUCGGGCAUCGGUCACAACCCAUCUGGUUCAUCAAACUGCAACCGAUGUGGUGGUCGAUUGAUGAAUGCACCAGCUUCACCCAUGACCCCAUUCACCCCGAGUAGUGGCCCUGGGUACCGCUCAUCAUCCGCAUUCGCAGUUUCCUCACCACACUCAAGUUCGGUGUCAAGAAGCAUCAAAGGCCACGAAAAUAACACCUCCAAACCUAUGAAGCUAGGCCACCUGGACUCACGCCCUCGCCAGCGACAAUGGGAAGAACCCAGUGGUCGUUCCCCAGAUAACAAGCGCCGCAGGGUUUCCCAGGGAUCAUUCCAGCCAACUCUUCAUCGAUCCCACCGAGACCGCAGCCCCCAUAGCGCAGUACCGGGCACACCACACUCACUGGCAUCAGGACCCUGGAGUGCUCGCCCUGACAUGCCAAACCGCCAUCUCCCAAUGAUCCAACCCCAACGACCCUAUUCCGCUCAUCCAGGUCCAGACCCAAGUCUGAAACUUCCACCUCUCCAAACAACAAUGACCCCAAUGACCCCCCAAGAUAGCGCCAACACCAGUGUGGAAGCAACAGUGAUGACAAUCCCAUUCCUCAAUAAAAUCAAAGUCCUCGCCAAGAUCUCACCACCUCUCCUCCCCUCCUUCCACGACAGCCCACCAGCUCGCGGCCCAGUGAUCGCAGUAGACGGCCAAGACCCAUCCCUCGUCCAAGCAACCGUCUCAUACCUAGAAAACGCCCUCAAAAAAGAACCCAAAUACCACGUCCGCGUCUUCGACGGGCCAGAAAUCAAAGCCCGCAAAGAAGGCCAAAUGGGCGACGCAACAGUUGACUACCUCAACAUCAUCUCCGCUUGGCACCGCAUCUCCGAUGAAGUCAUCAGCUUCGUGAAAACCAUCUCCCGCGCCGGCUCAAUCGACCACUCUGUGGACGAAGACCCCGUCCCAACCUCAAACGUCUCCCCACGAACCCUCAUCCCCCAAACCGCCUCCAUGACCAUAAACUCCCCAGCCCAGUCCUCAGAGAACGGCUCAGAAGUCAGCGCCGGCUCGGUCUCCUCGCACCACUCCAUCCCCAUUGCCGUGGUCCCGCGAUAUCAGCUCACAACGGCGGAUGCAUUCGCCUGCUCGACGCCGAUUGGCGAUUCGUACGCGCCGCUAGACCACUGGCAGUGGAUGGCGUCGCUGUGGCGCGCGUGCGUUGGUCCUGACAUUACAAUUUAUGUUAGGGAGUGUGGGAAGGAGGAGCUUGAGAGGAUGGGACCUGUUGAGGUGCGGUUGCAAGAUGCGAGGACUGUUGUAUUGCGGAAGGUUGUUGGGAGGGAUUUGGAGGAGAAAGCGCUCAGACGGAUGGGCUUUGAAAUUGAGGACUUCUUGACGCAGUAA